ACAGGACCAUUCAGGGAAUAUGAUAAUAGUGAGAAAAUGAACUCCACUGGCGACACCAAUCGAUAUCAAUUGACACCAAUUGACACAUUAAAUCCCGAGUUUCUUGUUUGCUUGGAUACACCCUUAGUUAAAUCGAAAUCUUUUAUCUUCAAGCAAAUCCGCCCUUAUUAAGACUUCUUUUUUAACCAUCCACGACUACUAACUCUUUAGCUUUCGACCCGUCGGUGCCUUCUCCUCCAUUUGCCCCCCUUCCUUAGGCUUGUCUUCUUCGACUAGACGCCACCAAGGUCCCCCGUACAAUAAUCUCGUUGUUGUCUUAACCAUAUCGAAGAGACAAAAGAAAGGUCAAUCCCUCCCACACCACCUUUUUUCCCUCUUUAUAUUGUGAGAUAUAUCUACGACCAGGGCCGACCAUCUUUCAACCUACUUUUCGACCUUUUUUCCCCCGAAGAAUCGAUCUCGACCUUUAUCUCGACCGAUGCUAGUGGAAUAACCCGGUUUAAGCCACCAAAUUCACCCAUUGACCGAGAGACAUACCAAAAAGCAAUACAAUCCUUCCCACAGGCUUCGAUGCACCAAGCAUUCCAAUAGUUCUCUCCGGACAACCUUCCCAAUCUCUACAACUUCUCGCCAAUCAAAAGAAUUCUGCCGUGAAUCACAGUUUGUAUAGCAACGACAUUUGGGCAUCUCUUCCCCAUUUGAUUGUUUGCCGUCAAUCUGGAUCUUGAAGACUCUCAAUUCAUAGUACCCUUUAUUAUCACCUAAACGGAGCUUUCCUGCACUGGAUCCCGUUGAAUCAAUUCAAUCGCAAGUAUAAUUUUGAGAAGCGAAUUCACUUCUAAUCUCUCAGCCCAUCAAUCAUGGAAUCUUCACCCAUAGCUGCAAUGCAGCCUUCUUCUCAUAUGCCAGCUUGGGCUCGAAAUGAUUUGUAUACUUCACACCCGCACGCACAUAUGUCAAACAUCACUGCAAAUUCUUUCGGUCCCGGAGCCUUCGACUUUCGGGAUCUGAGCAUGAAGCAUUCUAAAUCAGAUUACUUCCUGAUAAAACCCGUUCGUGGUUCUUCACCUACAGCAAGUUUGGCGGCAGAUCUAUCGCAGAAUUUUCACAUUGAUAUGAGGUACAUUCAGUUCUAACUUCUUGCUUAUCUUUAACCUCUGCUAACCUCUAAUACUUACAGUCCUCAAUUACCAACUCCUCGUCGAUCUCUAUUCACGUCGAAUCUUUUUGGAACAUUGGAUGGCAGGGGUAAGAACUGGUUUACUGGAAGAUGAUACUGGAGAUGUUAAUAAAAUACAGAUUGUGUUACUACUCCUCCAUUACCUUCCUCUUCACCAGGUCCAUUGAACGAAAGAAUGGACAUUUCCCCUCUUCCCCAUAAGCAACCAUAUUUCUGUGCGCAAAUUGAGAUACCAUCACCUACACCAGCAGGUACAACAACGGAAGAUACAACUAUGGGGUCAUCUCCAAUUCGUCCUAGUUUAUUGGACGGCUCGAAACCUUUUGGUGCCGAGUAAGUGUAAAAUUACACAUUCCAAAGAGUGCCGUACUAAUAUUAGCUACAGAAGAAGGAAAAAUUUAUUAUUACGACCAACCUUCUCACGCACCAAAGGUCAUUCAUCCAGCUCUCUGUCCCGGCAAAACGUCGAAAGUCAAUUGCCUCCCUUCCGCUUCGGUGCCGGAAGCAGCAAAUUGUCUACCUCCACCACAUCAAUGUCUUUGGGCGAAUGUUUUAUGGAAUCACCACCCCGAGAACGUCGUUCACAAUCUGCAAAUAGCCCUACCAUGGCACCACCACCUCGACUAAGCAAACCGUUCUCAAGUGUGUCAAGCAGAGUCGUGAAUGGAUCACCGAUUGGUAGUCACUCUCGCAGAACUUCUAAUCCGUUAGUUCGGCCUAGGAAACAAUUUCGACGAUCGCUGAGCAUGUUUGAAAGCCCACAAGAUAUCGUCAAGGAGAAGGAAAGUACGUCGAGCAGCUUGCAUACCGUUAUGGAUAUUGAUGAGAUACACCAACCAAUUUUACCACAUUUCUUCCAAGAAGGUCAACCUGAUAGCAUCCCCAGGAUCGCCAAGGAGACUUUAUUGGAAAUUCUUGAUGGGAAAUACGAUGAUGAAUAUGAUCAACGAAUGAUUGUUGAUUGCAGAUUCGAAUAUGAGUUUGAGGGUGGGCAUAUCGAUGGUGCUGUCAACUAUAAUGACAAAGAAUUAUUGACCAGUCAAUUGUUUGAAACAAGUAUCCCUGGCAAAACCCUCCUAAUCUUUCAUUGCGAAUACUCCGCACAUCGAGCACCCAUUAUGGCUCGUCACGUACGACAACAAGAUCGUACAACUAACGUCGAACAAUACCCUAAGCUUUCCUAUCCUGAAGUGUAUAUCCUCGAUGGUGGUUAUAGUGCUUUCUUCACAGAACAUCAAGGCCGUUGCUUUCCUCAGAAUUACGUUGAGAUGGAUGCUAAGGAACAUGCUUACACCUGUGAGAGGGAAAUGGGAAGACUUCGUCAUAACAGAACUAAGCUCAGCAGAGCACACACUUAUGCUAUUGGCCAACACGGACAAAUUGAUGACAGCCCCACUGCCCCUAGUCGAUCAAAAUCAAGCGGCAGUAUGUUAACGACAGAAAUGACGAGUUCCCCUAUAAUGAGCUCUCCCAUAUUUUACGAUCGAGGCCCACGAAGACAAGUCUCAUACUAGAUAAUAUCUCUUGCAUCUUAUUUGGCGUUUAGCAUGGCAUUGCAUUCCCCGGAGUUUUUGGCUUUUUUUAAAUUUGUUCGAUUUUAACAAAUAUUCGGAACAGAUUCCAACGAUCAGUACAGCAGGUCAUCUAAAUACCCCGACCUGUGUUUUUUCUACAAUCACUCACCGAUUUUCUAACUUCUCGGUCGAGUCUUCUUUUAGUCGGUCUUCAUCUGCGAAAGUUUUAACGGAAAGUUUUUCUAUAUCACAUUUCCUCUGGCGUAUUGGCGUGCAUUUAAGAGUCUGUGUGUCUUGCUUGUCACACGUCUUUCAUUCUCUAGGUUUAACCUAAACAAUGCAUCGGCAUACAUUUUGAGUUAUCAGCGAGUCCUUUUUAAUAUCGACCAUCGAGUCGAUUCAGCGAAAAACAAACUUUUCUUGGAUCAGGGAUCCUGGGCCACCACAACAUACUCUCUUUUGACAGGAAGAGCUCUUCUCGUGCUCACAAACACUUUACACGAAACUUUUUUUUUUAUUACAAUGAGAACGACCUAUUCAUGGGCGAAACACGAUUACGCUAUCAUAUUUCUUUUUGCCAAGCAAGUAUCAACCUUUUAGUCUUGUCAUCGACUGAAGAAACAUUGUCUCAAUACCCUCGACAUCAACUCCGAAUUUUCUACCUCUUGAGUCUUUCCAAUCGUACAUACAUCGCUCACAUAUGCACGCUCACUUGUUAUUUCUCCUUUUUCUGGAUUCGAAACAUUCGAUUUGCCUUCAAUUCCUUGUUCAAUUAUUCCCACCAUAUACCGAUAUUCACGAAAAACCCCUUUAUAAUUCUACUUCCAUUAACGAAUCGUUUACCUCUGGACCUUGAGCUUUACUCCUCCCUAAUAAUGCGUUUGUCAUUUUCAUGUAUAUUUGCAAAAUUGAGCUUAUUCACUUUUUCUCUUUGCUUUUACAGAUGGAUUGUCAAGAGAUGGUGAUUGAGAUUAGGGAUUGUUACAAUAUGGGAUGUGAAAUAAUGGAUGAAUUGAAGACGAAGAGGGUUAUAUUUCUUCAUAAUAAGAUGGUUUGAAUGGAAGAGGUAUUGUGGCUAGGCUUCUGCUACUUUUGUUGGGUUUAGAGAAACUUACUCUUAUUUGUUUGAUUGUAUGAGUUGUGGAGUACUGGGAAUAGGGAGAAGGAAAAUGGUGAUGGUGGUGGUGAUUCAUGGAUGAAGAGACGCAUAUUGCAACCCCAAACGGGUAUAUGGGCAUGAGUGUAGAGUUUUAUCGUAUGUUGAUAGGACUACUACUACUACUACUACUACUACUUACUUCUUUCCUUACCGGUUUACUGGUUUACUUAUUCCCCACGAGUGUUUUCUUCUUGAGAGUGGCUCUUGACGGAUGUCUUCACUGUGUUGAGAGAAAUGAAAUGAGAUAUGAAAUGAAA